CAAUUGUAACUCUCACUUUCCAGGGACGGUGGGGGGCGGGGGGCAAAGUACAACAACACAGUAUUUCAUCGAGGUUCGUCUAAUCAAGCGCCACAGGCGAGAAGAGGUUCAAUGCAUCAUUAUUCAUGUGGAUUCAUCUGCAGUUAACGAGUACAGGUCACCACAACAAUACCUGGGGAAGACAGGAGAACAAACUGCACUGCACAUCACACGUAGCGAACAAGACCAUGUAAACGAUGUUGGACAUGUGUUAUAUAUAUGUUUUUUUUUACUUUUGAAGAUACAAAGCAAACCAACUUUUGGAACGAAAGGGAGUGUAUGGUUUGGAAGACUGACACGUUUAUAUACAGAUAAGAGUUUUACUCUAAGGCGAAACUAAACUGUUGAAAAUCUGUCUUUGUGGUCAAGAUUGGAUAAGAAAAGAGUUCUGCCCACUGUAAUCGCUCAAAAGGGCAGCUUUAAUGAUAUAUUGUCGAAAUAAUAUAAUAGCUAGACACAACUACUUGUUUAGCAUCUUGCUCAAUGUUGUUUGAUUCUAAGAUGUGCGUUAAAGCAGUCAAUGCUCUUCAUUCCUUGCUUUUGCUGGCGCUGUGUUUGCAGUGCGCCUUUGGGUUUUCCGUGGCGGGGCAGGUGAACACCUGUGAGGCCAAUGGCAGUGUCUAUUAUGUGGGCGAGUGGUACUUUCUGGACUCUGAUCACUGUACCCAGUGUGAGUGCACUGUCGAAGGAGCGGCCUGCGCUAGAACCGAAUGCACCUCUCUGCCCCCAGCCUGUAUGCAUGUCAGCCACUACCCAACCGACUGCUGCCCGAGGUGCGAGAAAAUAGGCUGCGAGUAUAGGGGAGAGGUCUUUGAGCUCGGAGAACAGUUCCAGCCCUCAGAGUGCGAGCAGUGCACCUGUGACAUGGACGGCAUCGCCCGCUGUCUGGUGGCGGAUUGCGCCCCCCCUCCCUGUGUCAACCCUGUCUACGAGAAAGGGAAGUGCUGCCCAGAGUGCAAAGACGGCCCAAAUUGUUACGCAGACUCUUCCCAGACACAAGUGAUUCCAGGAGGGGAGCCAGUGUGGAUUGAUUCCUGUACCAAGUGCCGGUGCCACGACGGGCAGGAUGCCGGCUACUGGGAGGGUAACCGCGUGGCCCAGUGUGUGCGAGUGCAGACCUGUACUCUGGAUGAUGGGCACAGCGACAACUGACUGGGUUACUUAAUUACACACAAACUUUAGUGCUAACUGAACUAUAUAGAAAAAACAAUCACAAUGUUAAUAUCACUGUGUGAAAUAGCUUUAAAAAGGAAAUAUAUCUCAGAGGAUUUAGCUCUGUUGCACAUUACAAUGUAUACUAAGUUUCCAUUAACCUUAAAAAAAAAAAAAAAAAAAACCCUAACCGCUGCAUUUGUAGUACCUGGUGUCUUUGUAAUCUUACAUCUGACAACAAGAAUACAAAUGUUUUUCUACUAAAUAUUUUAAAUCAAAAACGGUUUUCCUGUUUCACUUUUAGAAUUCUAAGUGUGUUCCAGUUCAAUGGCAGUACUGAUUUAAAAAGGGGGGAAUUCAAUCUUGCAACCUUUUAGGUUUUCUGUAGAGUUUAGUAGAGAUAAGUAAACAAUAAUUUGGCUUAAACCACUUGUAUGUAAAAUGUUUUGUAGCCAUUCUUUCUUUUUGUUAUUUAAAAUUCCAGUAUUACCGGCAAACAUUUAACGAGACAUGUAAGUUUGUCAUUGAUAACCGUUGUUCUUACUUUGACAGAGGCUGUUCCAUGUAAAGUAUAAAACAAAUAACUGACUUUCAAACCAAACUUUUUGUAAAUAAACCCUGACUCUACAUAA